GGUGAUGUCAUGUUGCUGCAAGAUCAUUUUGCCAUCAGUUUCUUAUGAGCAAGACCGAUGCUAAGUCUCGGCUCAUACGACGGAUCUUGUUGUUGCGAGAGUUUGACAUUGAGAUCAGGGACAAGAAUGGGGUCGAGAAUGUCGCUGCUGAUCAUUUAUCGAGGUUAGGAGUCCAACAAGUGGAAAACUUCGUGGAGGAGAUCAAUGAAUCCUUUCUAUAUGAGCGACUUCUGAUGUUGUGCUUUGUGGAGAGUGUCACCCUGUGGUUUUCUAACUUCACCAAUCAUCUGGUGGCAAGCAUUUCCCAAGGGGAAUGACGACUAAUGCAAAGAAAAAGUUUUUCUCCGACUUGAAGUACUACUUUUGGGAUGAUUCAUACUUGUUCAGAGUAAGAGCUAAUGGCUUGAUCUACCAUUGUGUUAUGGAGACAGAGAUGGAGGCCAUUCUGACUCAAUGCAAUGAGGGGCCUACAGGUGGCCAACACGCGAUAAAUCGCAUGGCGAGGAAGGUGCUACAAUAAGGAUUUUACUAGCCCGCGCUCUUCAAUGACGUGGAGUCCUUCGUACACUGGUGCGAUCGAUGACAAAGGUCAAGUAAUAUCUCUUCCUGGAAUGAAAUGCCCCAAAAUGUGUUCCUUACUUGUGAAAACUUUUUAUGGUUGGGGCAUAGAUUUUAUGAGCCCCUUCCCUAAAUCUUUUGGAAAUCUCUAUAUUCUUGUGACUGUAGAUUACAUCUCGAAUUGUCUGUUAGUUUUUGAAGCAACUCAUCUCCCGGUUUGAGCCACCAAAGGCCAUCAUUAACGGCCAUCGCCUCAAGCGCUAACUAGGAGGCAAAGUGGAUCAUUCUGAAGAGGUGAUCUACCUCGACAACCCUUAGUUCCUUAUGAUGCUUCUAGCUAAAGAUGUAAAAGAAAAGGCAAAUGGGGAGGCAACCGCAUAUUGGUUUGCAUUUUCGUUUCCUUCUCCUUGAUAUUUGUGUGUGUCGAGUACCGACCAUGUUGUAUGCCCAUUUUGAUGUCUUUUUGUCUUUAGUUGGUUGGUAUGUUGUGGAGAUCGUUUGGUUGCAUUUUCGGUGAAUUUUCUAAGUCGGGGUAAUUAAAUGGUCCAUGGAGGCAUUACACGGUCAAGAAAUUAUAUUCCCUAAAUCGUGCAAUGUUCUACCUCAAUUCUACAGUCUCAUAGCCUAUUCCUUGAUCGUGGAAUUGAGGUUGCUUAACUGUGUAUUUGCUUGCCUAUUACAUGGCCUAAGGCCCUAUUUCACGAUCGUGGAAUAGGAGCGUAGACCGUGUAAUACACAUAUAUUUGUGAAAUCCGGUCAGAGCCUCAUUUUCUCCACUCCCCCCCCCCCCCUUUUCCCCGAUCACGGACUACUCCCUUUGCCGAAAACCCUCAACCAACAAAAAAAACUUAAUUUUAAUUUUAAUUUCUCAGCCAAAAACCUCGCUUCUUUGAAGGAGAAGCAGACGACCACCCACCUCAUGCUACCUCUAACGGGCGAUUUCGAUCCCCUUUUCGAUGUUAAGCUCUUCUCCUUACAUGGUAUAUCCCUCCACUCUCCCCUCUAUGUUCUCAUGAUGGAAGACAAAUAAAUAAGAGUGACGAGUCCCUCUGCCUAGGCCAACCAGUUCCCCUGUGAUGCAAUUGAAUUGAAAUACAAAUACAGGAACUCU